AAGCUGUAGAAGGGACCUCCACCGCCUUAUCUAAUCGCCUGUUCCUCCUUCCUCCCUCAGCCAUAUACAGCAUCAUGGCAUCUGCCGUAGCUGUUUCUGAUGGCGUCAUCAAGGUCUUCAAUGACAUGAAAGCAUGCAAGGCUUACACCCCAGAGGAAGUCAAAAAGCGCAAGAAGGCUGUGCUGUUCUGCCUGAGAGAAGACAAGAAGACCAUCAUCCUAGAGGAGGGAAAGGAGAAUCUGGUGGGAGAUGUCGGUGACACCAUCAAUGAUCCGUACCUGCAUUUUGUCAAAAUGCUGCCUGGCUGUGACCGCUGCUACGCCCUCUAUGAUGCCACCUACAAGACCAACGAGAGCAAAAAGGAAGACCUUGUCUUCAUCUUCUGGGCGCCUGAGUGUGCCCCCCUCAAGAACAAGAUGAUUUAUGCCAGUUCUAAGGAUGCCAUCAAGAAGAAACUUACAGGGAUCUAGCACGAGAUGCAAGCAAAUUGCUAUGAAGAAGUGAAGGACCGCUGCACCCUGGCAGAGAAAUUGGGCACCAAUGCCAGUGUCAGCUUGGAGGGCAAGCCCUUGUGAGCCCCCUCCCCUGUUGUGCCAGUGUCUCCAGAGCUUCCAUGUUAAUGGCCCUGUGCUAUCGUUUUUGGGUUGGUGGGUGGGCUCCUCCU